GAACUUUUUAAAUUUUUCCAUUCUUACACCCACUGCCAGGUUUUCCAACUUCAUCUUCUGCAUAAUCUAAGGAAGAUUCGUCGUUGCCCAGAAUGAGUCAGGACGCUGCGGAGCAGAACAUCCAGAUGUGGAAGGUCAAGAAGCUCAUCAAGAGCCUUGAUUCUGCCAGAGGAGCCGGAACGUCUAUGAUCAGUCUUAUCAUCCCUCCAAAGGAUCAAAUUUCUAGAGCAUCAGCAAUGUUGACGCAGGAAUAUGGCACAGCUUCCAACAUCAAAUCCCGAGUCAACCGUCUUUCGGUGCUUGCUGCUAUCACCAGUACUCAACAGCGUCUCAAGCUCUAUAACCGAGUGCCGCCCAAUGGUCUUGUGCUCUUUGUCGGGACGAUUUUGACCGAUGAAGGAAAAGAAAAGAAGGUAUCUUUCGAUUUUGAGCCUCACAAACCUAUCAACACAUCACUGUACUUAUGCGACAACAAAUUCCACACUGAAGCCCUUUCUGAACUGCUGGAAUCAGAUUCACGUUUCGGAUUCAUCGUUAUGGACGGUAACGGAACGCUCUUCGGUAUCUUAGCAGGAAACACCCGUGAAGUCAUACACAAGUUCACUGUGGAUUUGCCGAAGAAACACGGACGUGGUGGUCAGUCGGCCUUGCGUUUCUCUCGUCUUCGAGACGAAAAACGUCACAACUAUGUCCGAAAAGUCGCUGAACUGGCGGUUCAACAUUUCAUCACCAAUGACAAAGUGAACGUGACUGGUUUGGUAUUAGCUGGUAGUGCCGACUUCAAAACAGAGCUCAGUCAAAGCGACAUGUUCGAUCCGCGGCUGGGCGCAAAAGUGAUCAAGGUUGUAGAUGUCAGUUAUGGAGGCGAAAAUGGUUUUAACCAAGCGAUCGAACUUGCGGCAGAGUCUCUUGCCAAUGUCAAAUUUGUGCAAGAAAAACGACUCAUUCAGAAAUACUUCGAUGAAAUUAGUCAAGAUACCGGUAAAUACUGCUUUGGCAUUGAAGACACCCUGAAGGCUUUAGAACUCGGUGCCGUAGAGACAUUGGUAGUUUGGGAAAACCUUGACAUCACACGCUACACCCUUCGGAAUGCAGCUGGAGAGGAAAUCGUUGUUUACGCCAACAAGGAACAAGAGAAAGACCGAGAAAAAUUCUUUGACAGGUCUACUGGCAUGGAGAUGGAGCAAGCCGACGAACCACAAUCUCUUCUUGAGUGGUUUGCCGAAAAAUACAAAGAUUUUGGUGCCAAUCUCGAGUUCGUUACGAACCGUUCCCAAGAAGGUGCCCAGUUCGUCAAAGGCUUUGGUGGGAUUGGCGGCCUACUCCGAUACAAGGUCGAUUUCUCUAACCUCACUUCGAUCGACGAAGAAGAAGAAGACGAAUUCUAUUCGGACGAUGAAGACAUCUGACGGUAUUGCUGGCUCUUAGGAGCCCCGUCCAACCAGGUUACGCCGUGCGGGGCUGUGGGUAGGGGAGAUCAGGAAGAGGUACUAGUGCACAACGAUUGUGCUUAUGGGUAUGUGGUAAAAACAUUGAGGAUUAAACUUGAUUAUGCUCGGUAUUCAUGGCUUGGGCCUGUACUGGACAUAUUGGGACUGGGAAGGUUCUGCAGUCGGGGGCGGGUUUCUCAGUAUCCAUUACAAAUGCAUAUUUUUCGUCUUCAGAUAGACCCCGCUUUUGUAGGAUACUGACUGUUGUUGGAUCGUGGUAUCUACAUGUGUCUGUUCUAACUUUUAUUUACUGUAAAGUAAUGUAGGACGAGUUUGUAGCUUGUUUCUAUGCGCUUUGGUGGGUACCAAUGAGCAAAUCAGUUUCUUACACACAACGGCC